CUUACUGUAAACCAAACACUUAGAAUACAGCUAACAUAUAAUGCGAGAGGCUGGAUAUCGACUAACAGCCUAGUUUUAGAGGCUUGUUUCGCAAGUUUAGCCAGCGCGGUCACGUGGUGUGGAAAACAGGAAACUUUUUGUUACUUUGAUUUGAUAACCAGCGACGUAACGUCAGCGCUGUUCUGUAGCGCGAACGGUCUUGUUAGAUUAUGCUAAAUUUAUAUCGCCCUUCAUUUCUAGUAUCCUCUUCGUUUGCGUAACCGAGUCGUAUCACUGUGUUGAUUAAAAGGAAAUGUGAGCUGCUAAAAUUGUCGUUUACGGUUUACUAGUUAUGCUUCCUUUAUCAUACUCACCUGGCGAAUAGUAACAGUGAGUUGUCCAAAAUGAAAUAAGAGCCGAUGAAAAAGGUCAGCCAGUAUAUAUUGUAACUACCCGCAUUACUGAGAGUUCAAGCGGGGAAUUCAUUUGUUUAUAAAUAGUUGCAUUCUGGGAAAAAUGAGUAUAAGGCAGGGUCGUGGUGGUCCGGAGUCUUUCGUUUUUGCUUCUGCAGACAUCUGUCGUUAUUCUGAAGACAUGGCAUGCUUCGAAUUACACGGUCCAUGUCAACGCGCUAUUUCUACACCGCAUGUAAAAUCUGACCUUUACCGUACCUUUCGUCCAAUGUUACUAGAUCCAAGAUGUGUGACCGCCUUCCGUGAGAAUGUCGACUGUGACGACAUGAAAAAUGAUUGUAUAGAUACUAAGGAAACGAAAUCAUGUUAUGGGUUCCCCAACAAUUUCAGAGAGUUUCACAGAACCCGUUUAAAGAAAAGGGCCUCUCCGUCACGUCACAGAAAUGAACCCGGAGCGGUUACUUCUAAGGAGGCAGAAGGAAAUGAGCAAGAAUUAGUUGAGGAAGAGGAAAGACAGAAAGAAAAAGCAGAGAAGAAAAGGGAUAAGUUGAGACAAAAAGAGAAGCGCCAAAAGAAUGACAGUGCAAAAGAAAAAAAUGUAAAGGGAUUCAAUCAGAUGCCCAAAACCUCAAAGAGUGGGGACGACACCGUCCAGGGUAGGGGCCCAGACAACAGCAAUGAGUCCAGCAAGGACGAAGAGGAGGCUUUGCCCAGUGAAUUUGGGGAGCUGGACCUGAAAAGCUCCUUCUUUGCAAGAGCAGCUAAAAUUGCAAAUUAUACCUUGGAAGCUGAGCAAAAGCCUGAUAAGAACGAGAAAAAGAUUGUGUCUGUCUGCCAGCUACAGGAGAACGAGGAGAAGUAUCCGGCGGAGCUGGCUGAAGGCGAAGAGGAUCAGCAAAAUGCCAUGGUUAACAAUGUUGAGGAAGUCCAGACCAAGGGCAUGCAACAGGCUGUUAUGGCAAAUCAGUUUGCAGCUACUGGACGCUUUGAAAUGGCAGUGAUGUAUUUUACCGAAGCCAUAAAGUGCAACCCUAAGGAGUUUAGAUUUUUUGGCAAUCGCUCUUUCUGCUACGAGAAGCUGCAGCAAUAUGAGAAGGCCCUGAAUGAUGCUGACAUCACCCUUGCCAUGUGUCCUGGCUGGAUCAAAGGCUAUUACAGGAGAGGACGAGCACUUGCCGGCCUGAAGAGGUACUGCGAGGCAACGCUGGCCUUCAGAGAGGUGCUCAAACAGGACCCAACCUGCACAGAUGCUGCCCAGGAGCUGAUGAGAGUGCAGAUUAUGCAUCUUAUGGAAAUGGGUUUUUCCCGAGAACAUGGCUCCAACAUGCUGAUUGUCCAUGGAACUGUAGAGAAAGCUCUGGAGGCCGUUUCUAACCUUCAAGAUAAACAGCCAGCUGGCACCUUACUCCCUCUCCUCAGUGCUGGCGGGUCUGCAGAGGAGGAGUUGGACCUUUCAGAGAGGAAGGACAAUUUCAGCUCCAGAGCCGUGUCAGCACAGCCUCAGCCCAAACAAAAAGCCAAAUGCGCGCCAAACCAAACUAAACCAGAUCUGUUCCCCAUCUGGGUGGGCUGCUUGGUUCCUUCCAUAACAGAGUCAAUGAUUUGUGACCUAUUCAGCACUGCUGGUAAAAUCCACAGUGUGAAGUUUCUGCCAGCAAGGCGAUGUGCCUUUGUCAACUACACCCGAAAGGAGCACUGUGAGAAGGCCAUCCGGGAGAGGAAUGGAAUGAUGAUUGAAGGCACAGCACUCAUUGUGCGUUAUCCAGACAAAAUCCACACGCAUCUAGGGAUAUCCAAGUCUGCUGUUUCUGAACCUACCCUUAGCCAGCCGCCGACCUCAAAAAAGUUCACUGAGGAGUGUAUCUACUGGCGUAACAAUGGAUGUAUCAAGAAGGAGAGGUGCACCUACAAACAUGUUCCAGAGCACAAGGGCAUUGACAGGAUCAAGGCAGUCUCCUGAUGUGGGCUACAACCCCCAAGUGAUGAGGUGUUCAGUUUCUUAAUGAAUAAUGAAGAUGAUUCUGUGAUUGCGCAAGAUGGGGGGCAUUGACACCAUCAAAUUUUCUGAUCCAGAGUAUAAGACGACCUUAUAACUUUUAAAACCAAAAAAAUAAGAAAUAGUCAAGGUAAAAGUUGCUAAAAGAAUAGUUAUUCUCAGUAUAUGUUCCACAUUAUUGUAUAGCACCCGGAAUUUAGCUUUUUAUUGGAUUUUUAACCCUUCUGCUGUACAGAAGGCAACAGCACUGCUUUGAAAUAUGAACUGAGACAAUAAUGAAAACCAAAAACUGUGCUUAACCAUCAAAACCAGUCAGAAAAUGGCAAAAUAGAGUUAAACUGAAUGUGAAAUGAAACAAAUGAUAUUGUUGCUACAUAAUAGAAUGGCCAGCUGUAGAAUGGGGUUCAUGUACACUAUUCUGUCUAUUCAGCAUAGAUAGAAUUUUGUCAUAUGGAUGAGCAUAAAUGUUAGGAAAGCGCAUCUGAAGGGUUCAUUAUGGUCUUAACUGUGCUUAAUGAAUAGUUUUACAAGAGCUGGAGAAGGGCAUUUUAAACAUCCCAAAUGUUUAGUUUGUUUGUUCAGGAAGUCCUUGAAUAAUGACAGGGUUCCAAGGUCGUUCAUCCAGUAACCUUGUUGUUAAUUCUACUUUGUUGGAAGUUGCAAAUUCUUAAUACAGAUAUAUAAAUAACAUGUAGGAAUGCAAUGUUGUGUAAUAUCACUUUGUUAUAUUUUAGAUUAAUUUCAAAUAGUAUUCAUCUUAAUAUUAGUACAGAAUAGUAAUAUACAAUGGAGUAUUAUACUGUCGUGCUGCACUAUUCUUUUCACUUUAAUUUCUUUUGCUUUUUCUUUUGUGCGCCACUGGAAUACUCGGGUUUUUGCCAUUUUAGAUAUAAAAAAGUGAAUUGAAUGGAGCAAGAUGUACUGCAGAUAAAAUGUUUUCGUAAAUAAAAGUCACUGCUAGAGAGUCAAACACUGAUUGAGAUCCAAACAAUAAGACAUAUGGUGCCUUGCCACAGUGCAGCCAGCUGAUUAUUAGAUGGCAGUCAUUAUUAGACGUUACAAGUAAGCAUCGGGACCGGAAAAUAUGCAAGUAUAAUGAGGUUGAUUGACACGUUGUUGUUGUUGUUGUUGUUGUAAGUCCAGGUUCUCAUUAUUCUCAUGUUCUAAGUCGAGGACUGCUUAUAUUUAAAGAUUAAUUUCUGUACAGCUGUAGACUUACAAUAAAGAAGGUGUUUGUGAGUCCUUGUAAAAAAUUAACCUCAAAAUUAAUUUAUUUAAAAUGUUCUCAACUUGAAGUUAAA